AUGAAUAUUUUCAUAACUCCCUGCACAUCGAUUAUACAUUUAAGUCAUAUAGACGACGCAGCAGAAACACUUUUCUUCAUGCACAGUGUCUUUCGAAUUGGGACAGUUCAACAAAUAGCGACUGGCGAUGUAUUUCACCAUGCGAUACUCCCUCAGUUGACUGCCGAUGAUGAUCCACAGCUUCGCGUUCUCAAGGAACACAUUCAAGGUGAAGUUGCAGGCGAUACGAGACGGGACAGUGUGGGCAACCGACUACUUCAACCACACCGAGCAGAAGAACUAUGCACAUCAUUACUGAAACAAACAUCCGAGAAGACCGAUAAACCAUACUAUUAUCACCGGCUUGGUUUAUUCAAAGCUGAUUAUAUAACGGCUCUAGAAUACUACGAAAAAGCACUUGAAACCCGACGAAAGAGUAUUCCUUCAAAUCAUCCUGAUUUGGCUACCUCGUGCAACAACAACAACAUCGGUUAG